GUAGGUUUGCAAAAUGCCGCGGGGGAAACUUCGCAAGUCCAAAAGGACAUCAAAAAAUAAAAAAGAUGAAAAAUCAAAAAUUAUUGACUGUGUUGACGAACAACACUCGGAACUGACUGAGGGAACGAAGAUUAAGCACCGUUGGCAAGCGCAGAAGACCGUUGGUUCCGCGUCCUACAAACAGAAGCCUGUGAAGUGUGUUCCCAGCAGGGAAAAGUCAGUGAAACAAGUCCAUAUAGCAUUUCUGCCGGAAAAAUAUGAACCUUUGGAGGAGGAUCAAGACUUAGAUAUACCAGAUAUUGGGAAAGAAGAGACUAAGAAAAAUCUGAAAACAUAUAAGACGUUCAGGAAUAAUGUUGGAAAAGCUCUUCGCUACAGCUGGAAGUGUCUCGUGGUUGGACUACAGAGUUUUAGUACAUCUUAUUUGGGGCCUCUGAGUGCAGCUGCCACAUUUAUACCCGAGGUCAGGAGGUAAAGAAAGACUGGAGCCCCAUCUGAUGGCCAGCCUGAUGUUGUUGGAUUUUGACCACACUAUGAACUAUGGACCAUUGCUUUCUGUGUUUCCUAACAUUAUGGUCCAUAACGGUAUCAGAAUAGCCUUACAUUUUGUUAGUUCCACAGGAUACUGGCAUACACCUCCAUGUUUGAGCAUAUCUUCAAUGAAUCAUAAAACUUUCUAUAGGUUUUCUAAGCAUGAAUUAAAUAUGCAGACUGGUUCAUGGUAAAAAAAAAUUCCAUAACCAUAAUUCCAUAUUUCAAGGGCCUGGAUUAGUGACCCUUUUUCCUUUUUGCCUAAAUGUGUUCUGACCCUGAAGGGCUUUUGUAGGAUCUUUGGUAGGAUUAUAGAGCUGUGUAUGGUCUGUGAAGCCGAAGAGGCCUAGAUAUUAAUGUUUUGAACCAAUAAAUCACAGCUUACAUUCCAUUUGGCUGUUCUGUGGUGAGCGAAGUGUAUGACCUUUGAUCUGGCACUAAAGACUCAUUGUUCAAGAUUUGAGCAGUCAGAUAAAAACAUGAUGAGUCAAGAAUAUGACUUUAUCUAAUGCUCACAUAAUCUGUACGUGUACUUUCGGUGUGUACUAAUCACUCAUCAACAAUAUAGGUUAAUGUGACCCAUAAUGCAGUUGGGAAAAUGUUUGCUUCAAUCAUCCCCAAGUAAAAUACCAAAAGUAGCAGUGAAAUGUUUAUCUGGGACACAUAUAAUAACUAUGAAUAGGUAAUAAUGUCCAUGUUAAUAAUGUCCAGGGAACACAAAACAUGUUUUGUUUGCAAGCAUGAACUGCUGCAGAUGCUCUAACACUGGUAAUUCUUUUUUAUCCUAAUAUUCCAGCACAUAUGUUAAAGAACAGUGACUAUUUAAUACAGAAAAUGACAUGGUUGAGAUAGGUAAAGUAUGUUUCAUUGAGAAUCUGAGACUUGGGAGGUUAAAGCAAGAUAUUUAGGAGGAAAGUGAGAAGUUGAUAAGUUGGCAUUUGGAAGGUAAGCCUUGCACAUAUUUAUUUAUAAAGUGUUGUGUAGCAUGCGCUUCUUUCCUUUAUAUGUACUUUGGAAUUUUAACCCUGGUGUCACUUGAGGUUUAUUUCUUGUAUAAUGCAUGUUCAUGGAUGAAAAGGCAAUUAUAAAAAGUGCUUUCAAGCAACAUGUUUUUGUGUUUAUAAACUUUGUUUUUAAACUUGACUGAACUUUGAGGCUGUAUUGUUGUCACUGACAGUACAAAAACUCAAAGCUGGCUCUAUGGAAGUUUUAUGACGUACGCCUAAACGAAUAGAGAUAUUGUUAGUGAUAUCUUUUCACCACUGGGUGGCACUAUUAUGUCAGAAAACAAAAAUCAUCACUAGUUCUGUACGAUAAUAUCACAGUAAUUAUAAAUAACAUAUGGUACUGAGCUAAAUAAAUAUACAACUUCAGAGUCUCACAGUAUCUCUAAAUCUACAAGGUGAAUGCCAUAUAUAGCAAUGU